UCUUUUUUAUAGUACUUACCCAACAAAAAAGUCAGAAUAAACACAUUAUAUGAUAGCACUCUUAAGUUCUUCAAUUAAUGGCCAGUCCAGUCUCUCUCCCUCUGUAUGAACGAAUCCGUCGUAAAAACACAAUACCAAGAGCUGUGGAGCUCCUUAUCCUCUUCCUUCUCAUCUCCCUCCUUGUCUAUCGGCUUCUUAACCGCGAAAACCAUGGCGUCUCUUGGCACAUGGCCUUCUUUUGCGAGCUACACUUCACUUCCGUGUGGAUUCUUACUGUCACCAUUAAAUGGAAUCAAGUGGAUUUCAUAACACACCCUGAACGACUCUUGCAAUGGGCUCCUGAACUCCCUCCAGUGGACAUGUUUGUUACAACAGCAGACGCUGCACUAGAACCGCCUAUCAUCACUGUGAACACUGUUCUAUCCUUGUUAGCAUUAGAUUACCCAGCUGACAAGUUGGCUUGCUAUGUCUCCGACGACGGCGCUUCCCCUAUCACUUUUUAUGCCUUAAUUGAAGCUUCCAAGUUUGCAAAGCUCUGGGUUCCUUUCUGUAAGAAGUACAAAGUUCAGAUUAGAGCUCCAUUUCGAUACUUUUCUAAAAAGAUCCAGUCGUUAGGCCAUGAUACUUCCAUAGAGUUCCAGCAAGAAUGGAUAAAGAUGAAGGAUGCAUAUGAACAGCUUAGUCAAAAAGUUGAAGAUGCUGCUACAAGGUCCUGGUCAUGUGACCUAACUGGCGACUUUGCAGUGUUCUCAAAUAUAGACCGCAGAAACCAUCAAACAAUUAUUAAGGUUAUAUGGGAGAACCAGGAGGGUGAUUCAAAUGGAUUGCCACAUUUGAUCUACAUUUCAAGAGAAAAGCGUCCAAAGCAUCCACAUCAUUUCAAAGCUGGUGCAAUGAAUGUCCUAGCGAGAGUUUCUGGAGUGAUGACAAAUGCUCCUUUCAUGCUGAACGUAGACUGUGACAUGUUCGCCAACAAUCCACAAAUCGCUCUUCAUGCAAUGUGUCUGCUCCUUGGUGUGCAAAAUGAAAGCGACUGUGCAUUUGUUCAGUGUCCCCAACAAUUCUAUGAUGGACCAAAGGAUGACCCAUUUGGAAAUCAAUUGGUGGUUUUGUAUGAAUAUAUUGGGCACGGAAUAUCCGAGAUUCAAGGACCAUUUUACUAUGGAACUGGAUGUUUUCAUAGAAGAAAAGUUAUUUAUGAUUUAUCACCGGAUGAGAAAGAAAUUAAUGGUAAAUUGAGUGAUAAAUACUUGGAGAAAAAAUUUGGAAAUUCAAAGGGGUUCAACAAAUCAGCUGCUCAGAUUUUGUUAGGGUUGAAUGGGAAAUCUUAUACUCAACUCGAUUAUUCAACUUCAUUAACGGAGGUAGCCUGCAAGGUCUCAAGUUGUGUCUAUGAGAAUGGUACCAGUUGGGGUACACAGGUUGGCUGGCUAUAUGGAUCUGCAACAGAAGACAUUCUCACUGGACUUACCAUUCAUGGGAAAGGUUGGAGAUCCGCCUUAUGUAAUCCUAAGCCAGAUGCAUUUUUAGGGUGCGCACCUUUGAGUGGGCCUGCGUCUAUGAUCCAACAAAAGAGAUGGGCCACUGGGCUUCUAGAAAUCCUAAUCAGCCCAAGAAGCCCAUUGAUUGCUACGCUCACUGGUAAGCUCCAGUUCAGGCAAUGCAUGGCAUAUAUGUGGCUUCAAGGUUGGGCCUUACGUUCAAUUCCAGAGCUGUGUUAUGCUGUUUUACCCGCGUUUUCUAUCCUCACCAACUCACACUUCUUUCCCAAGGUUCAAGAACUGGCCAUAUUGAUACCGGUUUCAAUAUUUAUCAUCUACAACCUUUACACCCUAUCAGAGUACCUCCAAAUUGGUUUGUCAAUCCACGCAUGGUGGAACAACCAGAGAAUGUUGAGAGUGAACGCGAUGUCAGCAUGGUUAUUUGGAAUGUCAAGUGUUAUACUGAAGCUCUUAGGUCUAUCAGAGACGGUGUUUGAGGUUACACAAAAAGAGCAAACAAGUAGUGAUGAUGAUGAUGACGAUGACAAUGUCAAUGCCAAUGCCGGAAGGUAUACAUUCGAUGAGUCCCCGAUUUUCAUCCCGGGCACUACUAUUUUGUUGGUGCACUUGAUGGCAUUAGCCACCGGAAUAUUAGGGUUUCGACGAGUUCACAAUGAUGGGAAUGGGUGUGGGAUAGGGGAGUUCAUAGGUAGCCUGUGUGUGGUGCUAUGCUUCUGGCCAUUUUUGAAAGGCCUGUUUGGGAAAGGAAAAUAUGGGAUUCCCUUAUCCACCGUAUAUAAGUCUGGAGCGUUGGCUUUAUUGUUUGUGCAAUUCUGCAAAUGGACUUCAAUGGGUUAGGUCCUUAGGAUAUAAGGACUUCAAAAGAAUCCUUUAGGGUGUACGUCAGUUCCAGGCUUGAACUUGUUCGUGCUGGGCAGAGACGAUCUUCCAUUCUACCGAUGAUGUAGGACUUCCUUCCAGAUAUUUGAUUUGGAUUUUAUCUUCAGUUUACUUUCAUUUCAGUUUGGUUUUUAGGGGUCCACUAGAGAUGGAUUCCCGUUAAAGAUUUUUUUAUUUAGUUUUCUUUCAGCUUAAACUAUUGUUUCUUAAAUUCAAUUUGUAUUCUGUGUUCGUUAUAACAUAUUAAUUGUUUGA